CCCAGCUAUUUCCCCAUCUGGGUGUGAUCACUGCUGGCUCCCUCUGGGCGUGUGGGUGCAGCAAGUCCAAACCUUCUCUGGGAGUCAGGCAGGCUCGGGGCCCCGCCCUCUGGGCUGUGCCCUUUCCUCCCCAACUGGUUGUACAGGAGCGGGCGUGAAUGUGGGUGAGUGUGUGUGCAUGCGCGGCAGCCCUGGCCCGCUGCUCGCUGCUUCACCUGCAGGGAGGGGCCUCUCAGAAACUGCCUUCCCAGUGCCCGGCUGCCCCACCCUGCCAGAGCCCAGCUGAGCAGCCAGCAAGGACGCACGCCUGCUACCCGCCACCUGCCUGCCUGCCCACCUGCCUGCUGCCCGCACCGGCCGAGCCCAGCCUGAGCCAGCUCCUGCCUUUACGACGAUGUUCAAGGGGCUGAGCAAAGGCUCCCAGGGGAAGGGGUCUCCCAAGGACUCCCCAGGCAAGGGAUCCCCAGCCAAGGGCUCCCCCAGCAAGCACAGCCGAGCUGCCACCCAGGAGCUGGCCCUGCUCAUCUCCCGCAUGCAGGCCAAUGCCGACCAGGUGGAGAGGGACAUCCUGGAGACCCAGAAGAAGCUGCGGCAGGACCGGCUGCACAGCGAGCAGAGCCAGGCCCUGAAGCACCAGCAGGAGGCAGGCCGCAGCCUGAAGGAGGCCGAGGUGCUGCUGAAGGACCUCUUCCUGGACGUGGACAAGGCCCGGCGGCUCAAGCACCCGCAGGCCGAGGAGAUCGAGAAGGACAUCAAGCAGCUGCACGAGCGGGUGACCCAGGAGUGUGCGGAGUACCGAGCCCUGUACGAGAAGAUGGUGCUGCCCCCUGACGUGGGGCCCAGGGUCGACUGGGCACGGGUGCUGGAGCAGAAACAGAAGCAGGUCAGCGAGGGCCAGUACGGGCCGGGCAUGGCGGAGCUAGAGCAGCAGAUUGCCGAGCACAACAUCCUGCAGAAGGAGAUCGAGGCCUAUGGGCAGCAACUGCGGAGCCUCAUUGGACCGGACGCAGCCACCAUCCGGAGCCAGUACCGGGACCUACUGAAGGUGGCCUCGUGGCGUGGGCAGAGUCUGGGCAGCCUGUACACACACCUGCAAGGCUGCACGCGCCAGCUGAGCAGCCUGGCCCAGCAGCAGCACCACAUCCUGCAGCAGGACUGGAGUGACCUCAUGGCGGACCCCGUGGGCGUGCGGCGGGAAUACGAGCACUUCAAGCAGCAUGAGCUGCUGAGCCAGGAGCAGUGCGUGAACCAGCUGGAGGACGACGGGGAGCGCAUGGUGGAGCUCGGGCAUCCAGCGGUGGGGCCCAUCCAGACCCACCAGGAGGCCCUGAAGAUGGAGUGGCAGAACUUCCUGAACCUGUGUAUCUGCCAGGAGAGCCAGCUGCAGCAUGUGGAGGAUUACCGCCGGUUCCAGGAAGAGGCCGACUCCGUCAGCCGGACUCUGGCAAAGCUCCACUCCAGCCUGGACACCCAGUACAGCCCUGCCCCUGGGGGCCCCCCGAGUGCCCCCACAGAGCUGCUACGAGAGCUGGAGGCGGAAGAGAAGCAGCUGGCCGUGGCCGAGAAGACCAUCGGGGACCUGCAGCGGCAGAGCCAGGAGGUCGCUCCUCUGCCACAGCGCAGAAACCCGCCACAGCAGCCCCUGCACGUGGACAGCAUCUGCGACUGGGACGCCGGAGAAGUGCAGCUGCUGCGGGGUGAGCGGUACAUGCUGAUGGACAACAGUGACCCUCAUACUUGGGUCGUGCAGGGCCCCGGCGGGGAGACCAAGCAUGCCCCGGCUGCCUGCUUCUGCAUCCCAGCUCCGGACCCUGAAGCUGUGGCCAGAGCCUCCAAGCUGGCCUCGGAGCUGCAGGCCCUGAGGCAGAAAUUGGCCGCAGUCCAGAGCCACAUGAAAGCCAGUGCUGCGGAGCCCUUAUGGCCUGGCCAGCAGGCUCCGACCAGCUCAGCUCCAGCUGACCCACAGGCCCAGAAGCUCCUGACACAGAUGACCCGGCUGGACAGGGACCUGGGGCAAAUAGAGAGGCAGGUGCUGGCCUGGGCCCGGGCCCCGCUGAGCCGCACCACACCACUGGAGGACCUGGAGGGCCGCAUCCAAAACCAGAAGGGCAUGGCCCAGCGGCUGCAGAGCCUGGGAGCAGAGAAGGAGGCGGCCCAGCAGGAGUGUGAGGCGUGUCUGUCAGUGCAGCCUGCGGGCCCCGCCACCCUGCACCUGCCCGUGGCCCUCAACAAUGUCAAGAACAAGUACAGAGACAUGCAGGUGCUCUACAACCUCUAUGGGGAGAAAGCCAAGGCUGCCCUGGGUCUGGAGCAGCAGAUCCAGGAGGCGGACAGGGUCAUCCGAGGCUUCGAGUCCUCCCUGGCGCAGGAGGCCCCCAUCCCUGCUGGCCCCGGCACACUGCAGGAGAAGGCCAGCGAGUUGCAGCGCCAGCGGAGGGAGCUGCUGGAGCAGCAGGCCUGCGUGCUGGGGCUGCACCGCGAGCUGAAGGCCACCGAGCACGCAUGUGGUGCGCUGCAGAACAAUUUCCACGAGUUCUGCCAAGACCUGCCUCGCCAGCAGCGCCAGGUGCGGGCCCUCACCGACCGCUACCACGCUGUGGGGGACCAGCUGGACCUGAGGGAGAAGACAGUGCAGGACGCCGGCCUCACCUACCAGCAGUUCAAGAACUGCAAGGACAACCUGAGCUCCUGGCUGGAGCACCUGCCCUGCAACCAGGUGCGGCCCAGCGACGGGCCCAGCCAGAUUGCCUACAAGCUGCAGGCGCAGAAGAGGCUGCUGCAGGAGAUCCAGAGCCGAGAGCAGGACAGGGCCAUGGCGUCCCGCCUCUCCCAGGACCUGCAGGCGGCUCUCCAGGACUACCAGCUACAGGCAGACAUCUACCGCUGCUCCCUGGAACCCACGCAGGCAGGGUCAGCUCCUAAGAGACCCCGAGUGGCUCCCCUGCAGGAGAGCAUCCAGGCCCAGGAGAAGAACCUGACAAAGGCCUAUACUGAGGUUGCAGCUACGCAUCAGCAGCAGCUGCACCAACUGGAGUUUGCCAGAAAGCUGCUGGAGAAGAAGGAACUCAGUGAGGACAUCCAGGUGACCCAUGAUGUACAGCAGGGGUCCGAGAGCCCAGCCCAAGCAGGCAAGGAGUCAGAGGCCCUGAAGUCCCAGCUGGAGGACGAGAGGAAGCGGGUGGCCCAGGUGCAGCAUGAGCUGGAGGAACAGAGGAACCAGCUGCUGCAGCUGAGGACCCAGAGGCCCUUGGAGAGGCUGGAGGAGAAGGAAGUGGUGGAGUUCUACCGGGACCCCCAGCUAGAGAGCCACCUGUCCAGGAUGAAGUCUCAGGUGGAAGACGAGGGCAAGAAGCGGGCCGGCCUGCAGGCAGACCUGGAGGCGAUGGCCCAGAAGGUCAUCCAGCUGGAGGGCAAAAGGAAGGCCAUACAGCCCCACCUGCUGACCAAGGAGGUCACUCAGAUUGAGAGGGACCCAGGCCUGGACAGUCAGGCGGCCCAGCUCAGCAGCGAGAUCCAGCACCUGCGGGAGGAGAACACUGCCGUCUUGGCCCGGCUGGAGGAGCUAAAGAAGGAGCUGCUGGCCCUUGAGCAGAAGAAAGCAAAUGUGAAAGAGAAGGUUGUGGUGAAAGAAGUGGUCAAGGUAGAGAAGGACCUGGAAAUGGUCAAGGCAGCCCAGGCUCUGAGGCUGCAGAUCGAGGAGGACGCUGCACAGAGGAAGGGGGUGGAGGAGGCCGUGGCCAAGCUGCAGGCUCGCAUUGAAGAACUGGAGAGGGUGAUCAGCGCCGUGGAGCCCAAAGUGAUCGUGAAGGAGGUGAAGAAGGUGGAGCAGGACCCAGGCCUUCUCAAAGAGGCGUCCCAGCUGAGGAGCCUCCUGGAGGGGGAGAGGAGUAAGAACGCAACUCUGGCCAGGGAGCUGCAGGAACUGCACAGCAAGUACAGCGUGGUGGAAAAGCAGAAGCCCAAAGUGGAGCUCCAGGAGCGCAUCAACGAGAUCUUCCAGGUGGAUCCAGAGACGGAGCGGGAGAUCACGCGGCUCCGGGCUGAGCUGCAGGAGACUGCCAGCAAGAGGAGCAGCACAGAGAAGGAGGUGGAGAAGCUGCUGCCUGACCUGGCAGUCCUGCGGGCCCAGAAGCCCACAGUGGAGUACAAGCAGGUGACGCAGGAGGUGGUGAAGCACGAGAGGAGUCCUGAGGUGCUGCGGGAAAUCGACCGCCUGAAGGCUCAGCUCAAUGAGCUGGUCAACACCAGUGGGCGGGCCCAGGAGCAGCUCAUCCGGCUGCAGGGGGAGCGUGAUGAGUGGAAGCGGGAGAGGUCCAAGGUGGAGACCAAGACGGUGAACAAGGAGGUGGUGCGCCACGAGAAGGACCCGGUCCUGGAGAAGGAAGCCGAGCGGCUCCGCCGGGAGGUGAGGGAAGUGAUCCAGAAGAGGCGGGCCGCCGAGGACAUGGUCUACGAGCUGCAGAACAAGUACCUGCUGCUGGAGAGGAGGCGGCCCAAGGAGAAGGUGGUGGUGCAGGAGGUGGUGGUCACCCAGAAGGACCCAAAGCUCCGCAAGGACCACAGCCGGCUGAGCCAGAGCCUAGACGAGGAGGUGGGCCGGCGGCGGCAGCUGGAGAGGGAGCUGCAGCAGCUGCGGGCCACUGUGGAGGAGAAGGAGGGCCUGCUCAGCUUCCAGGAGGACCGCAACAAGAAGCUGGCUGUGGAGAAGGAGCUGCGGCAGCUGACCUUGAGGAUCCAGGAGCUGGAGAAGCGGCCCCCUGCAGUGCAGGAGAAGAUCAUCAUGGAGGAGGUGGUCAAGCUGGAGAAGGACCCGGACCUGGAGAAGUCCACAGAGGCCCUGCGGCGAGACCUGGACCAGGAGAAGACCCAGGUGAUGGAGUUGCAUCGGGAGUGCAAGAACCUGCAGGUCCAGAUCGAUGUCCUCCAGAAAACCAAAUCGCAAGAGAAGACCAUCUACAAGGAAGUGAUCAGGGUGGAGAAGGACCGGGUGCUGGAGGGUGAGCGGUCCCGGGUGUGGGAGAUGCUCAACAGGGAGCGCGCAGCCCGGCAGAACCGGGAGGAGGAGGUGCGGCGCCUCGGGGAGCGGAUCGAUAAGGCCGAGGUACUGGGGAGGACCUGGUCUCGGGAAGAGGCCGAGCUCCAGAAGGCCCGGGACCAGGCGAGCCAGGAGUGCAGGCAGCUGCAGCAGGAGCUGCACGAGCUGGAGAGGCAGAAGCAGCAGAAGGUGCUCCACCUGCAGGAGGAGUCAAAGCUGCUCAGCCAGAAGACGGAGAGUGAGCGGCGGAAGGCGGCCCAGCGGAGCCAGGAGCUCUCGCAGCUUGAGGCGGCCAUCCUCCGCGAGAAGGACCAGAUCUACAAGAAGGAGAGGGCCCUCCGGGACCUCCACACCAAGGUGAGCCGGGAGGAGCUCAACCAGGAGACUCAGACGCGAGAGACCAACCUUUCCACCAAGAUCUCCAUCUUGGAACCUGAGACGGGGAACGACAUGUCCCCGUAUGAGGCCUACAAGAGGGGCAUCAUCGAUCGAGGCCAGUACCUCCAGCUGCAGGAGCUCGAGUGCGACUGGGAGGAGGUCACCACCUCAGGCCCCUGUGGGGAGGAGUCUCUGCUCCUGGACCGCAAGAGCGGGAAGCAGUACUCCAUCGAGGCUGCCCUGCGCUGCAGACGCAUCUCCAAGGAGGAGUACCAUCUCUACAAGGACGGCCGCCUUCCCAUCUCCGAGUUCGCCUUGCUCGUGGCGGGGGAGACCAAGCCCUGCUCCUCCCUCUCCAUUGGAUCCAUCAUCUCCAAGUCCCCACUUGCCUCCCCAGCCCCCCAGAGCACAAGUUUCUUCUCCUCCGGCUUCUCUCUUGGGCUUGGUGAUGACAGCUUCCCCAUUGCCGGGGUCUACGACACAACCACAGACAACAAAUGCACCAUCAAGACAGCCAUGGCCAAAAAUAUGCUAGAUCCCAUCACUGGGCAGAAGCUGCUGGAGGCCCAGGCAGCCACAGGGGGCAUCAUGGACCUCCUCAGCCGGGAGCGCUACUCUGUGCACAAGGCCUUAGAGAGGGGGCUGAUCGAGAACACCUCCACCCAGAGGCUGCUCAACGCCCAGAAGGCCUUCACUGGCAUCGAGGACCCCAUCACCAAGAAGAGGCUGUCAGUGGGCGAGGCCGUCCAGAAAGGCUGGAUGCCCCGAGAGAGCGUGCUUCCGCACCUGCAGGUGCAGCACCUGACCGGGGGACUCAUCGACCCCAAGAGGACAGGCCGCAUUCCCAUCCUGCAGGCUGUGCUCUCUGGAAUGAUCAGCGAAGAGCUGGCCCAGCUCCUGCAGGACGAGUCCAGCUACGAGAAGGAUUUGACAGACCCCAUCUCCAAGGAGCGGCUAAGCUACAAGGAAGCCAUGGGGCGCUGCCGGAAAGACCCCCUGAGCGGCCUGCUGCUCCUCCCAGCUGCGCUGGAGGGGUACCGCUGCUACCGCUCAGCCUCCCCCACCGCACCGCGCACUCUCCGCUGAUGGGGGCCAAGCAGUCACGGGGAGUGCGUGUGAGGGGGAGGGUGGGAUGCAUGCCCCCCUCGCCCAGGAGCAGCCUAAUCCAAGGGGGUGGGUCUUCCCUCUGUCUGAUGGCUUUUCUAUUACUCGAACAUUCGCGGUGUUGGGCUCGCUCCCCUACCUGUGGUGGUUCAGAACCAGAGAUCAGCAGAUCUGUUCUCUCUCCCACCCCAGUGCUUCCAAUAAACUAAUUCUCCUGGUGUCUCCUUCAGAUUUGGGAACGCAGAAUCGAUUUGUCUGGGGCAUAAGCACAAGGGACAGCACUGCUUGGGUCCUUCCCAGGUGGGGAGUGGACA